AUGCUGUGGGAGUAUCUGAGCCACAACAAACGCCCAAGGCAUGUCGCGAUGAAGAAUCCAGAGGCAAAGGAUAUUCUCGUAAGGUCUCUAUCUCAAAUACUCGUCAUUAUAGCGACAAUCCUCGUUAUCGCGCGCCUGAACCUUCGUCUUCGAAUACAAAAGCGAAAAUUACUACUUAGCGACAUAUUCAUGGUAGCAGCGUGGAUAUCGGGCCUUAUUACAGCUGCGUUUUCACCAGUGUUUACAGUGCUCAAUGCAUUCGAUCCGAGCGUUCAUACAACAUUGAAGGGAUACCAUGGAGGUUCUGCCAAUUUGGUGUUGAUAUUGAAGGUCUUUCCGGAGUUUAUGGUCAAGAGGCGCAGGUUCCUCUGGGUGACAAUUUGGUUCGUGGGGAUCAGUUACAUCAUCACCAUCGUAAUUUUAUUCUGUAUUUGUCUCCCCAUAAGCCGAAGCUGGGAUCUCAGGCCUUCGAGGACAUGUCCGAAGUGGACUUAUGCUGUCACUUUUCACGUUGGCUGGGGACUGUCAUUUCUGGGAGAUCUGUUAGCUCUGCACGUCAGAAGAACCUUGAGACUCGGUAUAUACUUCACCUUCCUUCUCGGCACCGUCAACAUGGCUGUUAGUCUUGUUCGCUUUGUCAUGAUCUGGAAGGCUGGUGCCGAUUCUAGCAUCUCAUUAAGUACAAUAGUACUUUGGAGCGCUCUAGACGUAAACAUAGGUCUCGUCGUCGCUUGCCUUCCUUCACUACGUCCAUACUUCGGAUCGCGAACCAAGUCCCAAGAACCGAGUCGAGAAAGCAACAGCUGGGAGUCCACACGCAAACACUCUGGGUUUGGCAACCGAACGAUAUGCUUUCACUCCAAGCAGCGUGGUAGCGAGGCGUGGCCAUCAUCGUCCGACAGUCAUGCCAGAUACUCGUCAAUAGACCAGACAGUCGUUGGGUCCUGGGAUGAUACAAAAGGAUUUAAAGAUGCGAAUGAUAUAGAGUUGAUGGAUCUUCCGGGAGUGAGGACGCGGGACGUAAAAUAUGGCAAAUAG